GAGUCGUUACACCAGGCGAGCUGCGGACCGUCGCGCUGACCUGACGGCGGAUCUUACCGGAGACAUUGUGGACGUUAACGCUGUCCGAACACGGUGUAAACUAGUGUUCACCCUCCGUUAGCUCGGUUUAGCCUCUUCGGGGCUACAUUAGGAGGCAUCCUGGAAGCACCGGGAGAACCGCGGAUAUCUACGCGGCAUGGAUGCUUCGUGACCCGCGGCAGGUGUGAAGAGAUGCCGGGGGAGCCGCCGGCGGGAACCGGCCGGGUGGUGCUCGUGAAGAAGAUCAUCAUGAAGGACGGAGCUGCGCUGCAGCAGGGUAUCGGCAGACCCAGUGUGUAUCACGCAGUGGUGGUGAUCUUCCUGGAGUUCUUAGCCUGGGGGUUGCUCACCACGCCCAUGCUCACUGUUCUACAUGAAACUUUCCCGCAGCACACGUUCCUGAUGAAUGGACUCAUCCAAGGCGUGAAGGGUCUGCUGUCAUUUAUGUCUGCUCCUUUGAUCGGCGCGUUGUCGGACGUGUGGGGCCGACGCACCUUCCUGUUGGUCACCGUCUUCUUCACCUGCGCUCCGAUCCCUCUGAUGAGGCUCAGCCCCUGGUGGUACUUCGCCAUGAUCUCCAUGUCUGGAGCUUUUUCUGUCACCUUCUCGGUCAUCUUCGCCUACGUCGCUGAUGUGACGGAUGAAAGGGAGAGGAGUACAGCCUACGGUCUGGUGUCGGCUACGUUUGCAGCCAGCCUGGUAACGAGUCCGGCCAUCGGUGCGUACCUGUCAGCCUGGUACGGAGACAACCUGGUGGUUCUGGUGGCCACACUCAUCGCCCUGGCUGACAUCUGCUUCAUCCUGCUGGCUGUGCCGGAGUCUCUGCCCGACAAGAUGAGGCUCAACACCUGGGGGGCGCCCAUAUCCUGGGAGCAGGCCGACCCCUUCGCUUCUCUGCGUAAGGUGGGUCAGGACCCGACAGUCUUACUGAUCUGCAUCACUGUGUUCCUGUCUUACCUCCCUGAGGCUGGACAGUACUCCAGCUUCUUCCUCUACCUGAGACAGGUCAUUAAUUUCUCCUCCACGACCAUCGCUGUUUUUAUUGGAGUUGUGGGCAUCCUGUCCAUCGUAGCACAGACUCUGUUCCUCACGCUGCUAAUGAGGACCCUGGGUAAUAAAAACACUGUCCUGUUGGGUCUGGGCUUCCAGAUCCUUCAGCUGGCCUGGUACGGCUUCGGAUCAGAGCCAUGGAUGAUGUGGGCAGCUGGUGCAGUAGCAGCGAUGUCCUCCAUCACCUUCCCAGCUGUCUCUGCUCUGGUGUCACAGUCUGCUGAUCCUGAUAAACAAGGUGUGGUCCAGGGGAUGAUCACAGGGAUCAGAGGGCUGUGUAACGGUCUGGGUCCAGCUCUGUACGGAUUCAUCUUCUUCCUCUUCAACGUGGAGCUCAACACCAUGGACCCCAUCCAGGGAGAGUUCAACAUUGACCCCCUGCCUCUGCACAGUCCCACUGAGCUGGGGCUCAUCCCAGGCCCGCCCUUCCUGUUAGGGGCGUGCACCGUGGUCGUCGCCUUCCUCGUCGCCCUCUUCAUCCCUGAGAAGCCUUCCUGCUCCUCCUCCCCCUCCCAGCUGUCCCUCAGCGACAAGCCCCACCUAGACAGCAAAGAGUCCAUGUCCUCGCUGGCUGGCGUCCACAUCAACACGCCCCUCCCGGGCAGCGACGAGGAGAACCCUCCCACUGCCAGCGAUGAGGACUUUGAGCCGCUCCUGCAGGACAGUAUCGUCUGAUGGACAGGUGGAAGGCAGGUUUGAUUGACAUUUUCUUUGCCGCAGGGCGGGACUAAGUGUACUUUUAUUGUCAGAAGAUUGCAGUUGACAGCAGGAAGCCAGUGGGCAUUGCUGACAGAGCCACCAGCGAGGAGGUACCAUCUCACGAGUGACCAAUAAGGAUGUUUCUUUCACAAGGAGGCGGGUCAAAGAGCUGCAAAUUACCAGAAGAGACCAGGACGAUAAUUUGACUGACA